ACUGUAGAAAGAGUGAACAAUGACAUUGCACAACAAAUACACGAAUUAGUUAAAACCGAUUUCUUCAAAUACUAUAAGCUAAACCUUUAUAAAGAAUGUCCCUUUUGGACAGAAAAUGGUCAAUGUAUUAAUCGGGCAUGCGCAGUAGAGACAACUGAUGAGGCGAUCUCAUCUUCCAGAGUCGUGGCGCAGCAACGUUCUUGCGACCAAGACUUUUGCGUUGUUGAAGAUGAAGCUGACGUUGAGGGCGUCUAUGUCAACCUUCACGAUAAUCCUGAAAGGUUUACUGGAUAUGCUGGUGCUUCGGCUGGUCGUGUAUGGAAGGCUAUCUACGAAGAGAAUUGUUUUAACUAUCAUAGUAGAGAUUCUGAUCAACCAAGCAAGAAUAAGUUUACUGGACUAUUCCAAAGUAUUAGUGAAAAGCCUGAAGCGACUGGCGGUGAAGCUUGCUUUGAAAAACGAGUUUAUUACAAAUUAAUAUCAGGUCUUCAUUCAUCCAUAUCUAUUCACAUAUGUGAUGAAUAUUUAAAUCAAACCACUGGUCAAUGGGGACCUAAUCUUGAUUGCUUCAUUUCACGGUUUGGAUCUCAUCCCGAACGUAUCCAGAAUGCGUAUUUCACUUAUGUCGUUUUAUUAAGGUCGAUUUCAAAGAUGUCGGAAUAUCUUCGGGGUUAUAAAUUCUGCACGGGUGACGAAAUUCAGGAUGCAGAGGUAAAAGAAAUGGUCGGUAGACUUGUAAAUACAGCAGAAUCAUGUCCUGGAACGUUCGACGAAAGACAAAUGUUUUCCUCUCCCCAAUCAAGGCUAUUAAAAGAAGAAUUUAAAGCACAUUUCAGAAAUGUCUCUCGAAUUAUGGAUUGUGUUGGAUGUGAAAAGUGUCGCUUAUGGGGAAAGUUACAGACAUCUGGCCUCGGAACGGCUUUAAAAGUGCUUUUUUCAUAUGACGACGAAUAUUUCAACCCAAAAGUACAUCCUAAUUUAUUAACGCGUACAGAAAUUGUUGCACUGUUUAAUACAUUUAAUCGAUUCUCCGAGAGUCUACAAGCUAUCGAACGUUUCAGGCAAAUGUAUCAGCAGAGAAUCGAUGAUUUGAAAGUCGUGGGUUCUCAUGUUUCUACGAGAAUGCCUGAUCCAGAGAGUAUCGAAACACCCCCAAUAGUUAUAACGAAACCCCUGAACGUUACAAACGAAACCACCAAUCAUUUCCCGGAAACUGGGUUCCUUAUAGAUUUACUGAUCUCAAUCAAGGAGAUGAUCUCACCUCACGCCAUGCGCAUUUAUAGUAUGGUGUUGCAGAAACUUGAACAAUGGCAUAUUCCUAUACCCGUUUCGUUAAA